CUGGUCGGGUCGGGUCGUGCAGCGCACUGCUUGUGCUCCAGCUCGACCUUUCCUUCUCCGAGUUUCCUCACUUCGCCUCCUCGGCUGCACGCUUGUGGCGAUGUCGCUCGCUAGGGUUUCUUCUCCCAGUUUAUUCUCUCACUUGUCCUCUUCCUCCUCCUCUCACCUCCUCCUCCCCCAUGCUCUAAUCCCAAUCUCUUCGCUUCCCCCUCGCCUCUUCAAUCGAAGCCUCCUCUCCAUAUCUGCUUCGUUCUCGUCCCAAACUUGCGAUCCUUCGAUGGAAACCGAAGUUCCAAAUCCCUACAAAUGGAAGCCCAUGUGUUUGUACUACACACAGGGGAAGUGUACAAAGAUGGAUGAUGCUAUGCAUCUUGAGAAAUUCAAUCAUGAUAUUCCGGUGGACCUCAGAAUAAAUUCCUCUAGCCUCGAUAAGUUGCGACCUCAAAAUCUGGAUUACCUUUUGGUUCUUGAUUUGGAAGGCAAAGUUGAGAUUCUUGAAUUUCCUGUUGUAAUGAUCGAUUCAAAGAGUAUGGAAUUCGUUGAUUCAUUCCACAGGUUUGUAAGGCCAAGCAAAAUGAGUGAGCAAAGAAUUAUGGAAUAUAUAGAAGGGAAAUAUGGAAAAUUUGGAGUUGACCGUGUAUGGCAUGAUACUGCCCUCCCUUUUAAAGACGUGCUUCAGGAGUUUGAGGAAUGGAUAACAACUCAUCACUUGUGGAAUAAGGAGCAAGAAGGGUCACUCAACAGAGCAGCAUUUGUUACUUGUGGGAAUUGGGAUGUGAAGACUAAGAUUCCUGAGCAGUGCAGAGUUUCCAAAAUAAAGUUGCCCUCUUACUUUAAGGAGUGGAUCAAUCUGAAAGAUAUCUAUCUCAACUUCUACAAUAGAAGGGCCACGGGAAUGAUGACAAUGAUGAGGCAGCUUCAGAUGCUGCCAAGGGGAAGCCACCAUCUUGGGAUUGAUGAUUGCAAGAAUAUAGCGAGAGUUCUUCAGCGUAUGCUUGCUGAUGGUGUUCUCAUGCAAAUUACUGCAAGGAGGAACUCAUCAACGCCUGGUGAUGUGAAGUUCCUUUUCAAGAAUCGAAUCAGAUGAUAAUUUGCUUGCAAUGGUCGAUUGUAAUGAUGUUCUCGGAUGUGAAAAUGUUGAGAGCUCAGGGCACCACGGAAGAAAAGAUUUUCAUAGUUCAAAAGUUCAGGCCAGUUUUGACAUAGGCAACAGAGGUCCCGGCACAAUCGCAUCGACCUAACCAUUAUGGAUGAGAAACAAUUUUGGUCAGAUGUUGUACUAAAUCAUAAGCUAGUUUGAAGGUUCGCUAAAUUUUCUCUACAUUAUGCAUUGUUGGAUGGAUGCAAUCCAAUUACAUUAGGAUCACAUUUUCGCCUGCCUUGAUGUCAUAUGCAACCAGAAAUAUUCUGACAUAGGUUGUACGUGCUGCGAAAGUAAUUAGGAUUCUUAACAUGCUCUCCUUAUGUUCACACAAGCUUGUUUUGAAUACGAGGAGGCAAAACUUGUAAAUGUUCAGAUUCUUUGUACUUCUGACUCGAAGCAUUCCCAGAAAUGGACGCAUUCCAUUAGUUUCAUUAGUUGGUAUUA